AUGUCAUCGCCAUCGACAUCCAUCACUAGCGUUGCCUCCUUCGGCAGCGAAGCCAACGACUCGAUCUCCGAGGUUGAAUACCGCUUUCCUCCCAACGGCCUCCGAGCCAACUAUUUUCCCGGGCUGGAAGAUUUGUGUUUGUACCAAGCGGGAGGACACCACCCAGUUCACCUCGAAGAUCGCCUCGGCAAUAAGGAACAAUACCGUGUCAUUGAGAAAUUGGGCACCGGCGGCUUUGGUAACGUGUGGCUAUGCCGAAUUGUCAACCGUAUACCAACUGAAUACGUGGCCGUGAAGAUCCUCAUGGCUGAGGCGUCGGUGGAUCAAUCAAAGGGCAAGGAAGCGAAGAACCUUUCCCGACUGCUGGAACUGGCCAAGGCCGAUCCCGAUAUCACCAAAUACUGUCUGCUGCCGCUCGACCAGUUUGUCAUUGAGGGGCCCAAUGGAACCCACCAAUGCUUUGUUUAUCCUGCUGCCGGACCUCGUGUUGGGAAGAUCUCAAUCCGGGCCCCGAACCCGACGAGGACCCUCAGAAGGAUGGUAAGACAGGCUGUCGAAGCCAUGGCUGCGUUGCACAGGCAAGGCAUUUGUCAUGGAGACUUUCGGCCUGGCAAUAUUCUCCUCCGUCUUGAUGGUCUAAAUGGUCUUCCAGAGGAAGAGGCCUGUGAGUAUUUCAACUGGCCCCAGGUCUGCGACAUUACAGUCAAAGAAGGCUACCCAAAGCCCGGGGACUCUGCGCCAGAAUACCUCGUCUUACCGGCCGAUCCAGACGAUGACCAUCUCGCCAACGCCGCUAAUCUCUGCGUCAUCGACUAUGGGGAGGCUUUUGACGCGUCAUCCCCGCCUGAGAAUGGGGUGGGAAUUCCCCUCCCCUACUGCGCACCGGAAAUCAUUCUCGAAGGUAGAUGCGGGGUUGCAAGUGAUAUCUGGGCACUUGCAGCAACUAUUUUCGAGAUCCGCACUGGGCGUAAGCUAGUUGAGCUGCUCGACGACUACGAUUCCAAUUAUCUGGAUGAUCUUGUUCAAAUGCUUGGUCCAAUGCCGGAACCCUGGUGGUCGACCACGUGGCAAGAUCGCGGAGAUUACUUUCUUGAUGAGCUUGAUGCAGAUGGGCGAGCUCUCCCCGCAGAUGACAGCCUACCACUGUCCAAUAUGAGUAUAGUGGACCGGAUGCGCGGUAAUGUCCUCCAUUCGUUUUUGGGAGAAGGAAAGGGUCGGAUUCGCUUCAUGGUUCCGGAAAAGGAGAAGCCGAUCUUUGAGGACCUGUUGAAGAUGAUGUUGAGGUGGAAGCCCGAGGAUCGGCCGUCUGCAGAAGAAGUGCUCAAGCAUCCCUGGUUUGCAUUGGAGGAUGAGGAUGAGGAAGUCGUGCCUAUGGAAGUCGAGGUGGAGCCUGAAGAUGAGGAGACGGAAGAUGAGAUGGAGAGCGACGGAGAGGGUGAUGGGGAAAUGUCGGAUGCAGAAAUGGAAGGCGCGAACGAGAGAGGAAACGAGCCGAACCUUAAUCACCAGAUAUCCUCGACGGUCGACAACAAGAACGGUCGUAUGGAGAACGAAAAGGACAAUCAGGCGGACAAUGAGGCAGAUGUCCCGAAAGCCAACCCGAAGGACGACCAGAAGGCCGACGAGAACGUGAACGAGCCGGUCGCCUAUCAAAGGGUCGAGCAGAUGGAAUACCACAAAGAUGAUCAGGAUGAGACUCUGAAGGUCAACUCGCCGGUUGAGAAGGUUCAAAAGAAUUCGUUGGUCUCCGAGAAAUCAGGAUUGCUCAAGGUCGCAGUGGACACCAGGUUUCGUGGUGUUGCCGCCUGGGUGAAGAAGGCGCUGAAGUGGUCAAGGAAAUGA